AUAGGUUUCCGGUAACACAGUAAGAGAAAUACAGUUGCAUAAUCAAGGAAUACUGGAAUUCAGUAGAAACGAAGAACCUUGCAACGACAGAGAACUACUUAGCAGAAUUCAAUUUAUGUAUGAGAUAAUGAGACAUGAAAUGACCAUUUACGACGAUUACUACUCCGAAAUAGAAAGAAACUUCGCUAAUAUACCUACCACAACCACAAACCUGUUAUUAAGAAACAUUAAUACAUAUUCCAGAAAUCUGACAGAACUCAUAAUGGUGUUCAGAGCUACAAGUCAAAAACUUGAUUAUAUUUCUAUGAUAUCUGAAUCUGUCAGUUUACUUAGUUCAAUGGCUAGUUUAGCUAAAAACAUCGAUAUGAUUUUUAAUAAUGAGUUAUCCAAAAAUUUGACAAAUCAGGCCUAUGACACAAACCCAGUUUUGGGUAUGAUAUCUCAUGUGUUUUGGAAUUGUGUUCCGCAAUCUAUAUAUUUGAGAUUUUUAACAUCAAUUGGACAAAGAAUGGGUACAUGGUGGGUUUUGCGAAAACUUUUGAAAACCACCCAAAGGUGUAAAGAAUCAUUGGAAGAAAUUAAAGAAUUUUUUAAUCAAUCGAAAGAAAUGAAUGAGGAGGUGAAGAGCGCUUACUUUUGUGAAUGGGAUGACAGAAUUGUGGAUUUAGUUGAAAAAACUUUAUCGGAUCACAGUGCUAGAGCUAAAACGUUCGCUGUUCUCUACGCAUCAGCAUUAAUUACCAAUCCUUUCAUGCUCCAAAGAUUUGACUUUUUGACAAAGAUUUUUACAUUUAGUACAAGCACAUUGGGAGAGAAAUGGUACCAAAGAAAUUUGAUACAAGACCUGUUUCCGAAAAUUACACUCAGAACUGGAAGAAUUGACGUAAUUGAUGUAACAGAGCUGUCGAAGUCUUCAGCCUUUAUAGAUUUCGCCAUAGUUCCAGAAACUGCCAUAAAUAUCCUGGAAUCAGGCUCAAAAACAACAAUUAAGAAUCUGGUACAAGUGGAUACCAAAUCUGCUACUCCCUAUGUUUACGGCGCACUGGAUUGUAUUUUUAUCUAUUUCUCUUACAGAGAAUUAAUGUAUGGAGUCAGUAAUAAGAAUUCAGCAUUGUUUAGAAACUUAGCUUCAAGUGCAGAAUUACGCUUGCAAAAAAUAAACAGCUUCAUGCUAAAAUGUGUAUCAAGAAGACUGGCAGUCGAUAAUUGAAAUCAAGCAGACUAACUGUUAAGAAUCAAGAAGAGUAGCCGAUUUUUGGAAAAAACUACUCACUGUAAAAAUGUCACGAAGUCACAAAUUCUCACACACACAUGCACACAUAUACACCGAAGAGCCGUUACAUUAUGACCACCCUGCUAAUAACAUGUAGGACCAACUUUAGCCCUUAAAACUGCUGACACCGGCCGUGGCAUUGAUUCCACAAGGUGCUGAUAGGUAGUCUGAGGUAUCUGGUACCAAGCGCUCACCAACUGGUUCUGCAAUUCCCUCACAUUGCGAGUGGGUACCGUGGCAGCACAAAUUUGGU